CCUCCGGCCGCCUCUGCCGCCGCGCGCCGCAGCAGCGCCGCCUUCCCUGCGCAGUCGGUGUCUCGGCGUCGCUGGGUGGGACUUGGCUUUGCGGUCAUGGGCAAGCAGAACAGCAAGCUGCGGCCAGAGAUGCUGCAGGACCUGCGAGAGAACACAGAGUUCUCGGAGCUGGAGCUUCAGGAGUGGUACAAGGGCUUCCUCAAGGACUGCCCCACGGGCAUCCUCAACGUGGAUGAGUUCAAGAAAAUCUACGCCAACUUCUUCCCCUAUGGCGACGCCUCCAAGUUCGCGGAGCAUGUCUUCCGCACCUUUGACACCAACAGCGACGGGACCAUCGAUUUCCGGGAGUUCAUCAUCGCGCUGAGUGUGACCUCCCGCGGCCGCCUAGAACAGAAGCUCAUGUGGGCCUUCAGCAUGUAUGACCUGGAUGGCAAUGGCUACAUCAGCAGAGAGGAGAUGCUGGAGAUUGUGCAGGCCAUUUACAAGAUGGUUUCAUCUGUGAUGAAGAUGCCGGAGGACGAGUCGACCCCGGAAAAGAGGACUGAGAAAAUCUUCCGCCAAAUGGACACCAACAACGACGGCAAGCUGUCCCUGGAGGAGUUCAUCCGCGGGGCGAAGAGCGACCCGUCCAUCGUGCGCCUGCUGCAGUGCGACCCCAGCAGCGCCUCCCAGUUCUGAGGAGAGAAGACAGGCCCCCCCAUCCCUGCCUUCACCGGUCCCAC